AUGCCCGUGUUCCUCAUCCAUCACCAACAGCAACAGCACGAGACGAGACGCGGUUUGAUCCCCUCCUCAGCGAUAAGCGCAAUGAACACUGCCUCUUCUGGCCACUUCCCUUUUAUCUUGUUCUCGUCAUUGGUGCGACACCCGGCAGCCUUGUCAGGCCACUUUCUCAAACCGUCGACAUGCCAACCCAAUCAAGGCCUUGCCAGUCGCACAGCAGGACCGGCCACACCAGGUAGUGUAUCACACUUGAAUGUGAGGCGGGACACCUUGGACUGUGUAGACUCCUCCACUCCACGGAUCACGGAGCUUCGCUAUUCACCCGUGCUCGUACUGCCCCCACCGUGA